GGAACAAUUCAACCUGCUUUGACUCAUUGCCACUACGGCCAUUGUCUCUUUCUAUCCUUUGAAAUCAUCAUGUUUUUCACCAAGCCCAGUGUGGUUGCUGCAUCGGUGCUCUCGGCCUCGAUAGUCCAGGCACAUAUGAUCAUGAACCACCCAGUCCCGUAUGGCAAGUCAACCCUCAACAACUCGCCCUUGGCUGCAGAUGGCAGCGACUUCCCCUGCAAGCAACGCGACGGGGUGUACGACUGGCCUGCCGCGGACGAGAUGAACUAUUUCGAAACCGGGGUGUCUCAGGUCUUGAACUUCACCGGCAUCGCCGUCCACGGCGGCGGUUCUUGCCAGGUGAGUCUGACCACGGACAUGCAACCCUCCAAGGACACAGUCUGGCAGGUGAUCAAGUCCUUCGAGGGGGGCUGUCCGGCCAACGUGGACGGCAAUCUGGACGGUGACGCCUCGACCCCGGACCCCUAUCAGUUCAACUUCACUAUCCCAGCCGAUUUCUCCGCCGGCAACUACACGCUGGCGUGGACCUGGUUCAACCGCGUCGGGGCCCGCGAGAUGUACAUGAACUGCGCCCCCAUCACCGUCCUGGAGAGCGCAGCCCAGAAGCGCUCCGUCGCCAAGCGCAGCAGCUACCCCGACCUCUUCGUGGCCAACAUCAACGGCUGCACCACGACCGAGGGCGUAGACAUCCGCUUCCCCAACCCCGGUGAUGUGAUCGAGUACGACGGAGAGGCCUCUCGUCUUGCUGCCACUGAUGCGGCCGCCUGCACUGGAGUGUCGACUGCGUGGGGAGGCAGCUCUGCGACGGCGGCUGCGUCCGUGACUUCCACGACCACCACUGCUGCUGAUAUCACUGCCACAAUCCCCAUCGUGGACGUCGAAACCUCUGUUGCGGCCUCGUCUGUCGAGAACUCCGCUACCAUCACCACCGCUGCCGCCCCCGCUGCGACAACGAUUGCGGGCCGGCCCAACGGACACCAACAAAACGCCGUAACAACCACCGCAACCGCCACCGCCACCACCAGCUCUUCCACUGACACCGCUCUCUCCGGCGUUCUGAGCGGCGCCUGCAGCCCCGAGGGAUCCUGGUGGUGCAACGCCGGUGCUUCCUUCCAGCGCUGCGCCAACGGCGUCUGGACUCCUUCCCAGGAUAUGGCCCCCGGUACGGUCUGUGCGACGGGCCAGUCGUCCGAUCUCACGAUUUCUCUGGCCAAGAGCCGUCGUGAUGAGCAGCGCAUGCGUCGUCGUCAGAUUGCUUAG